CGCUGGAGCUGGCGCUGGAGCUGGCGCUGCAGCUGCCCCUCCGGCUCCCGCUCCCCAUGCUAGGCAGAGAUGGCGACCUCGGCUUGGCUUCUGGGACGGCGCGCGGCGAGUUGGAGGCUGCGGGCGCCGCGGGCGCGGCUCUCCAGCCUCGUGUCCCAGCGGGCCCACUCCCUCUUGCCCGUGGACGAUGCGAUCAAUGGGCUAAGCGAGGAGCAGAAGCAGCUUCGUCAGACCAUGGCUAAGUUUCUUCAGGAGCACCUAGCCCCCCAGGCCCAGGAGAUUGAUCAUAUCAAUGAGUUCAAGAACCUUCGAGAGUUUUGGAAGCAGCUGGGAAACCUGGGGGUCUUAGGUAUCACCGCCCCUGUUCAGUAUGGUGGCUCCGGCCUGGGCUACUUGGAACAGGUGCUGGUGAUGGAAGAGAUAUCCCGAGCUUCUGGAGCAGUGGGGCUCAGUUAUGGUGCUCACUCCAACCUCUGCCUCAACCAAAUUGUGCGCAACGGAAAUGAGGCCCAGAAGGAAAAGUACCUCCCCAAGCUGAUCAGUGGUGAGUACAUCGGAGCCCUGGCCAUGAGUGAGCCCAAUGCUGGCUCUGAUGUUGUCUCCAUGAAGCUAAAAGCAGAAAAGAAAGGUGAUCACUACAUCCUGAAUGGGAACAAGUUCUGGAUCACCAAUGGCCCUGAUGCUGACAUCCUUAUUAUCUACGCCAAGACAGAUCCGGCUGCUGUGCCAGCCUCUCGGGGCAUCACGGCCUUUAUUGUGGAAAAGGGGAUGCCUGGCUUCAGCACCUCCAAGAAGCUGGACAAGCUGGGGAUGAGGGGCUCUAACACCUGUGAGCUAAUCUUUGAAGACUGCAAGGUUCCUGCUGCCAACAUCCUGGGCCAUCUAAGUAAGGGCGUCUACGUGCUGAUGAGUGGGCUGGACCUGGAGCGGCUGGUGCUGGCUGGUGGGCCCCUUGGGCUCAUGCAGGCUGUCCUCGACCACACCAUUCCCUACCUACACACAAGGGAAGCCUUUGGCCAGAAGAUUGGCCACUUCCAGCUGAUGCAGGGGAAAAUGGCCGACAUGUACACCCGCCUCAUGGCCUGUCGGCAGUAUGUCUACAACGUCGCCAAGGCCUGCGAUCAGGGCCACUGCACUGCCAAGGACUGCGCGGGGGUGAUCCUUUACUCAGCUGAGUGCGCCACACAGGUGGCCCUGGACGGCAUUCAGUGCUUCGGUGCCAAUGGCUAUAUCAACGACUUUCCCAUGGGCCGCUUUCUGCGAGAUGCCAAGCUGUAUGAGAUUGGGGCUGGGACCAGUGAGGUGAGGCGGCUGAUCAUCGGCAGAGCCUUCAACGCCGACUUCCACUAACCCCAAGACCCUUCACUCCCUUUCUCAGCACCUAGAGGCCUUUCUUUGGACAGAGAGAUACGGCAGCUCUCUUGCUGCUCAGCUGCACUUGCAUCAGCCCUUGGCCUCCACGUGAGGUGUCUACCACGGCUGACAAGUGCUGCGGGCCCCAGAGCCCGGCCAGCCUGCCCGGAUGCCGCAAGUUACAGGCAGGCAUGGGGGAGAGGGAGUGCCAUUUCUAGUCACACUUUCUGGUCUGAAGAUGCUGCCUGACAUUAAUGAGGGUUGAGGU